AUGAAUACGCCACACGGCGAUAGUGAGGCAAAACAUGCGUCCGACGGAGCCUAUUUCCACGUGAUGUUCAUUCCUGAAAUUCCUCCAGCUUCAUCUCCAUCCCGAGCUUCACCUGCAGCUCCGGCUUCGGCUCUGACCCUUUACAGUAGUGCUGCCGCUCCGCUUCUGCCACGCCGAAUGGGAUCGUUCCGGAUUGGCAUGGAACACGCCAAGCCUUCUCCCGUCCUUCUAGCGUGCUUCUAG